GGACUCCACUUCCGCUAUUCUAGUUUGUUUUGGUCCUGGGCUGUCACAUUGAUCGUUGAGUCGACAAAGUCUGCUUUUGACAAUUUUCAUUAUUUUGCUAAGAUACGGGCUGGUUGCCUAAAAUGUCAAUUUCAACUGAGGAUUGGGAUCCAAUCUCUCAAAGAGGUGACAAAGAAGAAACGCCGAGUCCACAAUGUUCAUACCGUAUCAAGAGAGAUUUAAUGUCAUUAUGCAAUGAUCCACCGUAUGGGCUAUUUGUAGUGCCUGAUGAUGCUGAUAUCACCAUUGUUCAUGCUCUAAUCACCGGAGCUUUUGAUACACCAUAUGAAGGCGGUUUUUUCUAUUUCAUUUUAAGAUGCCCUCCAGAUUACCCCUUACGUCCUCCUAAAGUGAGAUUUAUGUCAACUGGAGGAGGUGAAGUGAGAUUUAACCCAAAUCUUUAUAAGAAUGGGAAAGUUUGCCUUAGUAUACUAGGAACAUGGUCAGGACCUUGUUGGAGCCCGGCUCAAAGCAUAUGCAGCGUUCUCAUCUCCAUCCAAAGUAUUUUAAAUGAAAAACCAUACCAUAAUGAACCUGGAUAUGAAGUGGAGAAACUGCCUGGAGAUGUUGAAAAGUAUAAUGAAAUUAUUCAGCAUGAAACAAUCCGUGUUGCUGUUUGUGGCAUGAUUGAAAAUGACUUUGGUCUGACAAUACCUCCAAUGCUUAUCAACAUAAUGCAAAAGACCUUCUUGGAGUAUUAUGAGUAUUAUGAAGGUGUUGCUCAGAAGAAUAUUAGUAUGACUGGACAUGCUAUGCAGGACCCCUUUUCUGAAAAACGAGGAUGGUUUCAGUACAAGACAAUUCUUAAUCGCUUAGAAGCUAUUCGAGCCAAAUUGUUGUCUGAUCCAAAAACUAGUAUUUCAACAACUGGAUCUCCAACUAGUGAAGCAUCUAGCCCAUCAGACACAGAUUUGGAUGAAGAUUCGAGUAAUGGCUCCAAUAUUGGUAAACCUGAACCAAAUGAUCCAAUAGACAAAGCUGAAAAAUCAGAUAAGGAGAAUGAACUUGUUGACAACACUUCUGGAAGUUCUACUCCCUCAAAAUCAGAAACUAAUCAAGAUGUAUCAUCAAAGAGCAAGGAAACUGAGAAAGAAUUUCAACUGGACUGUAAGAAUGAAGUUGAAAAUAAGGAAGAUGUUAAGGAAAGUGAUUAAAAUAUCUGGUAUAUAAUUUUGUGUAUGUGAUACAAUCUUAUUGCACUAAAAAUUGCAAGGACUUAAUGUCUGUGUUACCUGAUUGUAGUUAAAGCUAAACCUCCACUUUGAUGAAACUUGUGUUAAUUAAGUGUUGUAUCUAAAUGUGGUUAUGUUUGACAUUUUAAGUAUAUUCUGUUAUAUUAAGGUGAGAUAUUUCAUGUCUUCUGGCAUGUGUAGUUCUGUUACAUGUUGCUUUAUAAUAUGUAUAUUUAUAAAUAACUAUGUACAUUCACCACUGCAAGUAUGGUGCAAAAUUACAUGUACCUGAUUGGUUGCUUUCAUCAUAAACUUUUUUGUUUUACCUCAUCCCUAUGAGGAUAGUUUAUUACAUGUUUAUGUGGAAGUGCGGAUGGGCUGUGAUACUAACACAUAAGCCUUCUAACGAAAUGUUGAUUGUUCAUUAUUUAUGUUUGCACCAUGUUUUAUGUUUUAGAUAUUGGAGGUGAGGCUGCCUUAUUUUAAGUUACCACUGUGAAACAUAUUGAUUGCAGUUUUAUGUUCUCUCACUUUGCUUUAGAAACAAUACCAUUCCUUCUGGAAAAUGCCCUACCAUAGCAGCAUUCUUUGGUUUAGAAGUUGUUUUGUUUGGCAAUGUCUAUGUACUUUGGAAGUAUUCUGUCAUACUUCAUAUAGUUUGCUAAUAACUCUACAUUCCAGUGGUAAAGAUUCUGUAGAAAUAUUUAUAUCUUAUGUUGACAGUAGCUCAACCAUAUCAGUCCCGAAAGUAUUCCUAUCAGGUGUGAUGAUAGCUCCUCCACAUAUCUAUGUAGUUUUCCAGGUCAUUUGGUUUUUGGUUUCAUGUGGAGCUGCAUGAUAGCUACUCUGAGCUGUGUGCCUUGUUUAUUUGUUACUUUAGCUUGAACCAUACAUUUAAUAUUUUCCAUCUCUGUUGUUUCUCUCUCUUCUUAAUAGAUUUAGAAUGUUAGGUCACCUUCAACAAUCGUCAAAGUAGUGUAUAAGUGAAAACAGUACAGUACUUUAGGAUUAUAUGUGAAUCUGAUUUCUCAUCUAUUGUUGUAUUUUAUUCAUGACAUUUUUUUGAUGGACAGCAGAUAAACUGAGUCCACCAAUUUGAUUUGGUUUUUUUUUCAGUUCCACACAGUAGCUUUAAAGUCAUAGAAUGGUUGUUACAACUGUACAUUAAUUGUGAUGUGACAAUUUGCCUUCUGACAUGCACAUCAUGUCUGUUAUUGUUUGUUUGAUGUUUUCUUAUACCUCUCUGUGUCAUCAUACCAUAAUUCUGUUUCUAUUUCAAAUGGUGUUAGGACUCAUAAUUUUUAAUUAGGCUUCUCUGAGAUAUGCUGACUGGUAAUUAUGUGUUAGAUGUAGCCAAUAUGUAUUUUUUUUUCUCAAUCAGAGAAAAUAUGUGCCAACUACCUUUGUCAAAGACUGGCCAUACUCUAGCACAAGUUUUACUCUCCGCUCGUAACAAAAAAAUUGCAUUGAUUAUUCUAUUGUUUUUGAGAUGUUAGUUUGUUUCCAAUCAGCGUAUAUUCCAGUAUGAUAGAUGAUACACCAUUAUUGUUCCCUGGUCUUUGUUGUUUAUUUAGCACUGACACCACCUGCCACCUGUUCCCUUAUUUUAAUUUCCUAUGAACCUCUGCUCAUAAUAUCUUUGAUAUUGCUUGUCAAUUUGAGUGGUUAAGACUUGAAAUUUAUUUACUGUUAUCUUUAAAAGGUAUUCUGGUAAUUAUAAGUUCUCUUGAUUUUAGUUUGUAUUGACUGAGUUGGUUCAUUUGUUUGCACAUGAUCAAUACUGUUUGUCAGAAGAAGGGCAUUUUAUUUUUCUGGCCUCUCUUCCAAACAAAUGUUAUAGCAAAUUUGUAGAUAACAUACUUCUGUUGGCGAGUAAGAGAGUUUAUGUUUGAAAACCUGUGCAACAGUUGGACUUGCCUUUUAGACUAAAGUUUACCAUUAACAGCCCAAAGAAUGUAAAUUAAAAUUAUUUUAUUUAAUGACAAAAGGCAAGCCCUUUACUUUAAGAGUUGUACAAAAGUUACAUUAAAGAACUUAAUAAUACUAA